CGUCGGCGCUGGACUAUAGUUGUGAUUCGGAUGAUAACAACGAACCUAUGUACCAAAUGUCGUUAAGCAAAUAUAAACCGGCAUGAGUCAUUGUUUGACGGCACCUUGGGGCGGUACACGGGCGGCACGGUGCGGCUGCAUGUACGCCCGGGCUCGGGCCCGGUGUUCUGCCGCGCCCGGCCGGUACCGUUCGCGCUGCGGCCGCGAGUUGACGCCGAGCUUGACGCCAUGCUGGAGGCGGGCGUCAUCCGGCCCGUCACCCGCUCCGACUGGGCCACUCCUCUGGUGAUUGCUCGUAAGGCGGACGGCGGAAUACGACUGUGUGCGGACUAUAAGGUGACCCUUAACCCUAACUUAUUGGUCGAUAGGUACCCGGUUCCCAAGGUCGAUGACCUUUUUAGCACGCUAAGCGGAUACAAGUAUUUUACUAAAUUAGACUUGUCACAAGCUUAUAAUCAACUAGUCCUAGAUGAGGCGUCCACGGAGUACACGGUAAUAAAUACACAUAGGGGCCUAUUCAAAUACACUCGUUUAGUUUAUGGGCUGGCGUCUAGCCCAGGAAUCUUUCAAAAGUUUAUGGAAGAUUUAUUUAAAGGGGUACCGGAUGUAAUAAUUUUUUAUGAUGAUAUCUUAAUUAAAAGUAAAGACAUCGGUAGUCACCUUCACACGAUCGAGCAGGUGCUAAGUAUAUUAGAGUCAAAUGGGUUAAAAAUUAAAAAAAGUAAAUGUGACUUUUUGACUAAGGAAGUUCAGUACUUAGGUUUUGUUCUCGAUAAGGAGGGUUUAAGGGUAAACCCGGAUAAAAUUAAACCCAUCAUUGACAUGCCCCCACCCCAAAAUAACCAUCAAUUAAAAUCUUUGUUAGGUAUGAUCAAUUUUUACGGAAAAUUUGUAAAAAACUUAGCAUCCCGUUUAACACCACUGUAUAGCUUAUUAAAAAAAGGCAAACAUUAUCAUUGGGGGAAGGAUCAGAAUGAGGCAUUCCUUCAGGUAAAAAAAGAUCUUUGUGGAGCGGAGGUAUUGGUUCAUUUUGACAUGUCACGGGUUAGUGUGGUAACUUGUGACGCGUCAUCACGUGGCCUUGGGGCAGUUUUGGCUCAACGCGCUCCCGAUGGCACCGAGCGCGCCGUCGCCUACGCGUCACGCGCACUUACCCCCGCGGAAAUGCAUUACAGUCAAAUUCACAAGGAAGCUUUAGCCAUAGUUUUUGCCACAGAUAAGUUCCAUCAGUAUUUAUUUGGUAGAAAAUUCAUUCUUCGCACGGAUCAUAAACCUCUAGUGAGCAUUUUUGGACCAAAUGUUGGAAUACCAAUUACAGCAGCAAGUCGGCUUCAGAGGUGGGCGAUUAAGUUAUCAGCUUAUGACUUUAACAUAGAAUAUGUAAAUACCGAUAAAAAUACCGCGGAUGCCCUAUCGCGUUUAAUUAAUUCUCACAAGGAGGAAUCAAUCGCCUCUGAAGAAGUUUUGCCUGAGCAGACGUACUUACAUUUUGCAUCUGAAGCCCUUUUAUUAGACUAUAAGGUACUAAAAAGGGAAACAGCUUCAGACCCGAUUCUCAGCAGAGUUUUGAGUUACAUCGUGGAUGGGUGGCCUACUGACGUAGAUAUAAAAGAACUUAAGCCAUAUUUUAAUAGACGGAAAGAGAUAUAUAUAGAAUUAGGUUGUGUCAUGUGGGGACACAGAGUAGUUAUCCCGAUAUCUUGUCAAUCCAAGGUAAUGAAAGAGCUGCACGACACACAUAUGGGGGUUGUCAAAACAAAGGCGUUAGCACGGAGCUAUGUGUGGUGGCCGGGAGUGGACGAGGCCGUGGAGGCGGCCUGCGGCGGCUGCGAGGUGUGCGCCAGCGUGGCGAGCGCGCCGCCCGGCCACGCACCGAGUCCCUGGCCAUGGCCCAAUCGCCCGUGGGCAAGAUUACAUUGUGAUUUUUUAGGGCCCAUAUUAGGGAACACUUAUUUAAUUGUGGUAGAUGCCGGUUCUAAGUGGAUUGAGGCAAUUCGUAUGAAAACUACUAACGCAGGGGCAGUAAUUUCAGAGUUAAGGCCAAUGUGGGCGAGAUUUGGCCUACCAAAACAAGUAGUUACAGAUAAUGGCCCUCCUUUUACUAGUGCGGAAUUUGAGUCUUUUUUGGCAAGAAAUAAAAUUGAUCAUUUAUUUUCAGCGCCUUACCACCCGGCGUCUAACGGUGCCGCAGAAAAUAGUGUUAAAAUUUGCAAACGGGUAAUUCAAAAAGCUAUUAAACAAAAAAUAGAUAUAGAUACGGCUUUAAACCGGUUUUUAUUAUCAUAUAGAAAUACGGAGCAUUACACUACUGGUGAAAGUCCGGCCAGAAUUUUACAAGGAAGAAAUUUACGUAUGCGCUUAGAUAAUUUUAAACCAGAUCGUUUAGACCGUGUAAACAAACGUCAAGAGCAGGACAACGCGGUACGAGGGGUGCGCGGGCGCGAAUUCGCACGCGGCGACGAAGUGUGGUGCCGCGACUACCGCUCCUCUGAUCGCUGGGUCCCGGGAAAGGUCUCAGACAUUCUAGGUAAUACCGACUAUAAAGUGUUGUGUGAUAAGGGAACCGAGGUACAUAGGCACAUCGACCAAAUAAGGCGCAGGGUCCCAAGGGUAACUGAGGAAGUACGUACACAGCCUAGAUCAUCCGUCCAUCGUAGAAAUAGCUCCUUAAUUGUUCCGCAAGUAGAGGAAUGCGAGCCAGAACCAGAGGAACGACCAGCCGAGCCGAUUAGAGCUAGCGCGAGCCAGGGUAGUGCGACUAAAGACCCUUCCCCGCAGACUGCCGCCGUGGACCAGCCCCAGGUUGUAACCGAUAAGGUUGAUAAUAUGUGUCCACCUAAAAGGGUACCUAAACCUCCUAUACGUUUCGGAUUUGAGGAAUAUUUUUAGAAUUAAGUAUCACCUACCUUCUUUUCUGUAUGAUUGUGUUAAUUGUUAGCUGCAUAGGGAUGUAAGCGUUCUAGUGUUCGACACUGCCUACUUUUAAUCUAAAUGUAUAGUAGUAGACUGGACAAUCACAGAGUAAAUCAACGUAAGUAAUUCACAUGCCGAACAUUCGCACGCUUACCUUGAAUACCUAACCAUAAAUAUUAAGAUAUUAUUGUAUUCAUAAAAUAAACGCAUUUAAAUAUUAAAUAUAGCUAAAUCUUAACUUGUAAUUCAAGAUUGUUCCUACCGGUGCACGUUAGAUAAUGUUACUGUACGUAGGUACACAACUACACAUCUGUAUCAUUGUUACCUGUUACGAUUCACAACUGUUUAGAAAUUAGAAUCAAAUAGUAUUAAGUUAGUUAAGUAGCGAUUAAGGGUGGAGGUGUUGGUAUAUAUUAGGUAUAUGUAUAGAUAUGGAGGGUAGAACCAGUCUUGCAAUAAACGAUAUACGGAA